UACUCUAGUCGAGUCAUAAACUCGAACACUGUUCGUUACCCAGACAACAACUAGUCAUUCUUCUUGAACGCAAGAAGCAGAGUUCAGAUACCACAAGACCAUGAGAAGUAUAGCUACAGUACCCUAACCUUACACUGUAUGGGAACUUGGCAUAAGGCCUACACAUUAAAAUACAUUAUGGGAAAACGUAAUCAAAAACAGUCUUACAUUUUAUCAUUGCAUCAAGUGCAAGACUUGCAAUUUUGGAGACUCCAAUUCACUUGACUGAAAGCUCAUUUUUAACGCUUGUAUUUUAAUUAGGCUUUAAACGUAUAGUUUAAAGCAUUUCAAAAGUCGACCUAACUUUCUUAUUCCCUUUGAUGUUCAGUUUGUGCUGUUGUUAUCAUCUUGUAUGGUGUCAGUGACCCCAGUGCUUUCCCAUGCAAUUAUCUUCGAGGCCCCAGCUGCUUUUGGGCUUUAUCUGUGAAACUGUUUAUGGGUGGCCUAUCUCACACAUUCUGGGGUUCCUGAGGAGGAAAAUUAGAUUCCUCAGAGAGACCACCAUUGUGCGAGCCCCUCAUGUGGCUAAUUUGGGAAACUCCUUAAACUGAGACUGCUUGCUGAUUUUGGGGACCGGAAAAAUCCACUGUAGCAGGAUGACAGGAGAUGAUCCAAUGCCCUGGGUGCUCCUGACUGUGCUUGGUCUGGCACUUAUGCAGUCAGUUUACAGCCAGCACAUGGCAGACGAACCCUGCAAUGUCCAAAUCCUCGUCCCAGGACUCAAAGGUGAGCCUGGAGAGAAAGGAGAGAAAGGGGCACCUGGAAGACCAGGAAGACUAGGGCCCCUAGGAGAGAUUGGACAGCCUGGUCUAAAAGGACAGAAGGGCACCUUGGGACGCUACGGUAAAAUGGGCCCAAGCGGAUUCAAAGGGGUAAAGGGAGACAUGGGAGAUCCUGGGCCAAAAGGCCCUGAUGGCGAUCCAGGUUCACAAUGUGAGUUCUCCCCCCUGAGAAAGAUGUUUGGCGAGAUGGACAUCCUUGUAGCUCAGUUAUCCAAUGAGCUCAAGUUCAUAAAAAAUGCUGUUGCCGGCAUUAAAGAGACAGACAGCAAGGUGUAUCUGCUGGUCAAAGAGGAGAAGCGUUACACAGAUGCAGAGGCCUAUUGUCAGGGCAGAGGUGGACACCUAGCCAUGCCCAAGGAUGAGGGCGCUAACAUGGCCAUCGCGGGCUACAUCACGGAGGCGGGCCUGAGCAGGGUGUACAUCGGUAUCAACGACAUGGACCGCGAGGGUCACUUUACCUAUGUGGAUCGGUCACCCAUGAGCACGUUCAUUAAAUGGCGAGAAGGGGAACCCAAUGAUGCCUACGAGGAUGAGGACUGUGCUGAGAUGGUGGCCGCAGGGGAGUGGACAGACGUGUCCUGCAAUCCCACCAUGUAUUUUGUGUGUGAGUUUGACAAGGACACUGUCUGAAUGUGGAAAGAGGUGAAACGAGGAGGGUAUUGAUUUGAGUUGCC